AUGAUCACCCAUGCCACAUCACCCCUGCCUUCUGAAGAGGAAGCUCUGUCCAUCCCAGCCUAUGCCGUCGCAGCAUCAAGUCCCAUCAUGGGGAGCAAGGGUCCUUUCCUGAGGAUCGUCUUAUGUGGCAACACCGACUGUCACCAUCGUCCUGCCCGUUCGUUGCCAGGCGGUUGGAACCCCCGGGUCCCACCCGUCGAUAAGCAUAUGGAUGGCGAGCUUGGACCGGUAGCCUCGUGGCACUGGAUAUUAAAAGGUCAUGAUGUCCUCAUCCCCUCUUUCCCCGUUUCUUCUCGUUCCUCGGUCACUGGCACAUAUCCAGCCCAAACAUCAGCCCCUCCGUACCUUACUCAAGGUGAAGAGUUCUGA